UGCGGUGACGGGGCCGAAGCCUGAUUUCCGGCCGGCGUCGCCCAGCAACGGGGCGGCCAUGAGAGCGGACAGCAUCGCGGUGAAGUUGGCCGAGCGGCCGUGGGCCCCGCGGGUGUUGUUGUCGCUGCCCGAGGAGCCGCAGACCCCGGCCCUGACUCUGACCGCGACCGGCGGCGGCGGCGGCGGAUUCCGCAUCUCCGCCCUCAAGCAGCUGAUCGCCGACAAACUGCCCGGCGCCGCGCCCGCGCCAGAGCUCAUCGAGCUGGUAUAUUGCGGACGGAAGCUGAAGGAUGAACAGACGCUGGAUUUCUACGGGAUUCAAGCAGGCUCCACGAUUCAUGUUCUGAAGAAGUCAUGGCCGGAGCCCGAGCAAAAACCAGAACCCGUGGACCAGGCAGCGGCUGCGCGGGAGUUCCGCGUGCUCCAGGCAGCGCUGCACGCCAGCCCCGCCUACAGGGACGCGGUUUAUAAGAUGUUGAGCAACAAAGAAUCACUGGACCAGAUUAUUGUUGCAACCCCAGGACUCAGCAAUGACCCCAUUGCUUUAGGUGUACUUCAAGACAAAGAUUUAUUUGUUCUCUUCACUGACCCAAGCCUGUUGGACACGUUGAUCACCUCACACCCUGCGCUAGUCAAUGCAAUGGUGCUGGUGCUACACUCUGUGACUGGCACUACCCCUCCUCCAACUGCUGGCAGCAACUCGAGGAAUAUUCCAUCUAGUUCAUACGGCGAAGUGCCAGGGGGAUACCUCUUUGACGGGCUGUCUGACGAUGAAGAUGACUUUCAGCAGUCCCGGGCCACAGCCUCCUCGAGCAACGCCGCUGGCUCCCGCCCCGCUACACUAGGCUACAGCGGCUCAGUGGGACCUCGACCCAUUACACAGAGCGAGCUGGCCACUGCCCUGGCCCUGGCCAGCACACCAGAGAGCAGUGCCGUCACCCCAACGACAGGGGCGCAGAGCACGUCGUCGAGUCUGUCUCCGGUGAUGAAUUCAGGCGUGCCGUCGACUGCGCCCAUCAGUCACGACAUAUUCAGUCAGGCCCUGCAGCAGGCUCUGCAAGCCUCCAAUAUCACGGCACUUCAGAACCAGUGGCAGCCUCAACUUCAGCAGCUGCGGGACAUGGGGAUACAGGAUAACGAGCUGAGCCUUCGAGCACUGCAGGCGACCGGAGGGGACAUCCAGGCUGCACUGGAACUCAUUUUUGCUGGAGGAGCCCCUUAGCUUGGAUGGCCCGUGCUCAUUACCACUAGAAUAAAGGAGCAGAGUGCAUGGCAGAAUGCUUAACUCCAUGGACUGGUGUGUGUUGUAAGGAAAUAUAAUUAUAGGGUGAACAUUAGCACUGGUAAGUUUAUAACUCCUAUGAGUAUCCUUUAUCCAAAGAAAGAUGCCUUUAUCCAAAAGAAAGGAGCGAGAACUGAUUGAAUAUUAAAAAAGAACCAAUUUCCUGUUGAUUUUAAAAAUGUGCUGAGGUUUUCAGUUACUAUCAGAGACCAUAUCUGUUGGGAAAUGAGACAGUGUCACACUCUCUGUUAUCUGGCUUUGGCACCUGGUAUUUUGCCUUUUCUUAGCAGGCAGCAAAUUGUGCCAGGUGUUGGGAUUUAAACAUUGUUAUAUGCCCCAGCAUCAAAGAGCCUUCCCAGUUUGGAGAACUUUUACAAAGCCUUUAUAAUUGGGUUUAAAUUAAAGUCUUGAUUCUGUUCCCCAUCGAUUCUGUUCCCCAUCCCUCAAUGGAAUUGGCACCUUGAGUCAGCAUUUCAAAUUCUGAACAUCCUCCUUCCUAAACUUUACCUCUGAAAUGCAUAGAUUUUAAGCUCCAGUGCAGAGUGUUUCUCACCUGAGAGUUUGCUUUCAGACCUGCCCUUUUUAUGUUGUCGUGCAUGCUGCCAAUGAAGACCCGAAUCGCGAUUAUUUUUCUUCAACGCUACUGCCCGUACUGCCAUGUCACGGGCAAUUUACAUGGUUUUGCAAAACUGAGCAUCUUAUGACGUUAUGAUCUUCUGAAGGGCAAGUAUGGUCUUUGCCGAUUUAUUUAUCCACAUGUUACCAGAAAAUGAAUUUUCAUAAACAACUAACACUUCCAGCAGCUCGUCCAUAUGAGCUGGUGAUGUGCUGGGUUGCAUACACUUUGGUUGGAUGCCUUGGCAAGUAUACUUUUUGCCCCUCUGCAUGUGACAAUUAGUCUCUAGGUCAUGAAGAAUUGUAACAUCUAAGAUUCCCAAAUCGGUGAAGAUAAUAGGUUUGCAACUGUUGUGCGCUAUAACAAUUUUAAAUGCAUCAAACAUUAAAGAUUUCUUUGAUCA